AUGGAAAACCAAACAGUAAUGUACGAGUUGGUUCUCAGUGCGUUGUCUGAUCUUCCAAGUCUUCAACUUCCGCUGUUUCUGCUCUUUCUCCUGAUCUACAUUUUGACUUUCAUUGGGAACCUUCUCAUCCUUUUCCUGAUCUUCACUGAUUCCCAUCUCCACACCCCCAUGUACUUCUUCCUUGGAACCCUGGCAUGUCUGGAUAUGGGCUACUCCUCAGUCACUGUCCCAAGAAUGCUCUUUGAUUUACUUACAAACAGAAGAAUCAUUUCUGUACCAGCUUGUAUAGCUCAGAUUUUCUUCUUCGUCUAUUUUGCUGCAUCAGAAAUAUUUGUACUGGCAGUGAUGUCCUAUGACAGAUACAUUGCUAUCUGCCGCCCUCUUCACUACAUGCAGAUAAUGACCUGGAAAGCUUGUGCUCAGCUUGUAUUAGCUGUGUUUGGUUUUGGCGCAUUAUAUUCCUUGGUGCACACUCUACUUUUAACAAAAUUAACUUUUUGCCGAACAAAUGCUUUGCAAAGUUUCCUUUGUGACCUGCCCCAGUUGCUUCGGAUCUCAUGUAGUGACACAUUCAUCAAUGUAUUGUUUGUAUUUCUGCUUGGGAUAUUAUGUGGACUAGGUAUAUUAGGUGUAACCUUUUACCCAUACAUCCCAAUAAUCACCACCAUUCUCAAAAUCCCAUCAAACCAAAUGAGAUCCAAAGCUUUCUCCACCUGCUCCUCCCAUCUAACUGUGGUCUUUUUGUUUUACGUGACUAUUUCCUUCAACUACUUCUGCUCAAUCGCCAAUGAAAGUUUUGCUAAAAACACCAAAGCCUCUAUAUAUUAUGCAAUAUUAACCCCCUUUUUAAACCCUCUGAUCUACAGUCUGAGGAACCAGGAGCUCAAAGCCUCAUUAAGCAGAGCUUUAAAAAUGGUUUUUACGCUAUUAGAGAAAUUGGGUGAAAAAUAA